UUUAAAAACUUCAAAUAUUAAUAGCAAUAAACAAAAUUUAUCGUCAGUGCUGGAUUUUAAAAAGACAAAUAAUACUGAAAUUACUUCCAAUGAUAUUAUGACUACAGAAAAAACUAGGUUAUUUACUGAAGAUAAUAAAUCAAAUAUUACUAGCCUAUAUUCUAUUAAAGAUAAUGUUGAAUCAAACACACCAUUUAUAAAAAUCAAUAAAGAAGAAACAACUACUGAAAAGAUUGGUACUAAUGAUAAUACUUCAGAUAAAAGUAGAUUAUUAAUUAAUGGCAGCAUAACUUCCAGAGAUUUAAUUAUAGUCACGCCAACUUCAAUCGAUAGUGAAGAUAUAAAUAUUAAUAAAAGGACAGAAAUAGCAUCAGGUAAUUUGAACGGCUCAAAUUUAUACUUUAAUUAUGAAUCUGACCGGGUGAUUAUUAUCACGCCAACAAUCAUCAAUGGAAAAAAUAUUCUGAACAAAGAUCAAAAUACGAGCAUAGGAAUAAAACAAACAUUGGAUAGCAACUUAAAAAAUUCCACGAAUAAUGACGGAAAUGAAUUAAACAAUCCAGAAAUUUCUUCAUUAGCUAUGGAUUAUUGCAGUAUUUUUGAUGAUAACACUACGGAUGAUAAAAUUCAAGAUGAAGAUAACAAAAAAUGUUACGGUAAACUAGGUUGUCUCAGCAUAACUCCCACCUGGUAUCAUAUACUGAAUCGAAAUUUAAAUAAACUCCCACUACCACGAGAAGUUAUUAAUACUAGUAUCAUAAUUUACACGCGUGAAGAUCCUACCGAGGGUCAAGUUAUUAUUAUGAGUAAAAAAGAAUUAGUAGAACUAAUAAAUUUCAACUCAAAACGCAAAACUAAAUUUAUUAUUCACGGAUUCGAUAGCUCACCACAUGAGGCCUGGGUGGAGAAUAUGAAAAAUGAACUUCUUCAACAUGAUGAUUUCAACGUAAUUGUCAUAGAUUGGACUGGGGGUAGUUCAACACUUUACGCCCAAGCAGCCGGAAAUGCUAGACUUGUUGGCUUGGAAAUCGCGUAUCUCAUUGAACGUCUCCAAAUAAAAUGUGAGUUGAAAUUGAACGAUGUGCAUCUAAUAGGCCACAGUCUUGGCGCUCAUAUUGCAGGAUACGCUGGAGAAAAAUUGCACGGUGAAAUUGGACGCAUAUCUGGACUAGAUCCAGCUAUGCCGGAUUUUAAAAAAAUGCCCAUUCAUGUACGUUUAGACCCUACUGAUGCAAAACUUGUUGAUGUUAUUCACACUGACAGCUUAGGAUUUAUACCGCUGGGAAUAUAUCAGCCCUGUGGUCACUUGGAUUUUUAUCCCAAUAACGGUGAUGACCAGCCAGGUUGUUCGGAGUCAUCUUUAGGAAUAAUUUGCGAUCAUACUCGCGCGACAAAACUUUUUACUGAGAGUAUUAACUCCAAGUGUCAAUUUAUAGCUCAUGAAUGUCCGAGAUAUGAAGAUUUCAUUGAAGGAAAAUGUUUCUUGUGCAAUAGUACCAACAGUGUUAAUUGCGGUAUUAUGGGAUAUCAUGCUGAUAAAAGUCCCGCUUUGUUACGAAAAUUAACUCCCGAAGAAUCUGCUGUUAGUCCUACAAAGUUUUUUAUUUCUACUGGUGACAAAAAUCCUUAUUGUCGAAGACACUAUAGGAUAACAAUUAAAUUGGCAAGACCAGUUAUAGCAAAAAUGUUCAUGCAAGGUUUGAUAAAUGUUACAUUUUAUGGAGAUAAUGGGAUUAUUAAUAACAUGGAACUCACCCCAAAUGGUCGACGAAUAAAAUUAACCCACGGGUCAACAAAACGAAUCAUAGCACUGCCUCCAGAAAAUGCUGAAUAUUCCAUAGGAAAAAUACACAAAGUUGAAUUAUCUUGGAUCUACGACAGUAAAUUUACAGAUUUUCUUUACAGCUGUAUUUUCUGUAACGACGUGUUAUAUGUUGAUAGUAUUGUUGUUGAUAUCUUGGAACUUAUACCAGAACGGAAGAAAAGGGAAAUGGAGUUAUCAAAUGAACUCUGCUCGAUUCAAGGCCCCAAAAAAUACGCUGCAAUUUCGAGUGGCUCGAGCGCUCCUUUUGUUGACAAUUGUUAUUAAUUAGACUAAAAUAUAAACCCAAGCGGUACAAAAAUUUUUUUGAUAAUGUUUUUUUGAAUUUAAGUUUAGGAUAAUUAAUUAUUGACUUUUUGUUCCAUAA